CAAAAGAAUAGCUGACAUACUAAAAAAUCUUGUUAUAAGAAAAAUUAGAAGUGUUUUUAUUACUAAAAAGCAACAUGAUUUUAAAUCAUACAAUCAGAUUAAAUUAGAAGUCAAGAUGCUGAGUUCAAAGUAAGCACCCUUGGUUGUACAAAAAACGCAAACAAAUAAAGCUUGUAAACUUUCAUUGUUCUGGUGCAUGGCUUCUGCAACUGUUCAGGUGGCAUCGAGGUCACAUUCACUCAACAUUUCUACGCCAUCACAAUCGUGCAGUAUCUCAAAGUCACUACAGUCAGACUUAACGCCUCCACAGCUUCCACCGAGACGAAAAGAAUCUCCACUACCUUCAGAUGUAGGGAAACCACCUCCAAUACCUCUUGUUCAUAAACAAAAAAGCAUGCCUAUAGAAUCCCAUAAAUCUCCAACCAAAAUCCAGCAAAAAAAAUCAAAGGUUGCAUCAAGCUUUGCUGAACGAAUUCCUUUAUACAGUGCGCUGGUGUUUGAUAACAAUAAUCAACAACCAACUGAACAAAUUGAAAAUUAUUUCUUAGAAAAUUCCUGGUCUGAUGUAAUUUCUGAUCAUUUCUAUUUAACGAAGAAGUCACGAUUUCAGCAACAAGCACUAUGGGAGUUUUUAUCAACUGAAAGAAACUAUAUUUUAAAGCUGAAAAUUAUUGUUGAGGUGUUUCAACAAUUCAUAAAGAUAAUACAAAACGAAGGAGACUUAUUAGACAUAAAUGAAAAUAAACUUUUUGCAAAUAUCAGGGAUGUUCUAUCAGCUAAUGAAAUUCUUUGGUCGCGUAAUUUGAAAGAAGUCAUUGAUAAAGCUAGAGAGACUAAACAACCUAUUAAAUCAACCGAACUACUUGCUUCAUUUGCACAGUUUCGAAAUUUAUUCAAGCCAUACAUAGAGUUUUCACUGUUUCAAGAUGAUGCACUUAGUUACCUUCGAAGCCUCUCUGAAUCAAAUGUCGCAAAAAGAAAUGAAACACAAAAAGCAUUUAAUGAGUAUUUAGAAUGGUGUGAAAACCUUCCUCGAUGCAAUCGAUUGAAGUUAAGAGAUCUUCUAACAGAACCGAUGCAAAGACUGACUCGAUAUCCAUUAUUGUUAAAAAAUAUACGAAAAGAAAGUGAGGAUGAAAAAGAAAAAGAAAUUCUAGACAACUUUAUAUCGCAAUCAGAAACAUUUAUCUCAGACAUCAAUUUUAAGCUACGAAAAAGACAUGAAAAAGAAAAGUUAGAUCAGUGUUUGCAACAAUUUGACUACUAUAAUAAUAUGAAAGCAGCAACAGAAAAAAUUAAAUGGAUAAGCAUCGAAUUUUUAGAGCAGAACAUUAUAAGUUUACCAUUUGAAGAACAGAGAUGUUUUUUAAAAAGGGGCACAAUGAAGUUACUGGAAGACAAGAAAGGAAAAAAAGAGUCAACUGUGGAAGUUCUGCUCUUUACAGACCUUGUUGUUAUUGCUAAAAUAAAAAAGGCUACCAAUAAGCUUCAUGUUGUCAAACAACUUUUUUACCUUGAUAAAAUUAAGUUAAUAAAGUCCGAGUCUCAAAGUCAGACAAUUGUUUUUAUUUAUCUUGAUGAGUCUGGAUUGUUAGCUACUGCUUUCCUGCUUGAGUGUUUAAAUAGGGAUAUUUGGAUAAAUACAAUUGAACGAGCCAAGGUACGAUAUCAAAAUGCUAAAGCUGGUGAAGGUUCGACGCUUGACUUUUUUAAAGAUGAUUACAGUACAAAUAACAUUCCGUUGUUAAAAAUACCGGCAGAGUCAAAAACGAAUGUCAAGUAUGAAUCAGAUUUGCACAACUUAAUUAAUGAAACUGGAAACCCAAAAUUAAAAAACUCUAGGUCAGCUUCUACUCCACCUAUAUCAUUUACGAAGAAAAGUUAUGAUGAGUCAUCUCGAUCAAUGUCUUUAAACGGCAUAACUCAAGAACAUCUAGUAACGGAUAAAAGUUGCUUACGAAAUUGUAGUUUUAAUAAAGCAAUGCAAGCUAAGGAAAAACAAAACGAAGCUAAAACAGAUAUACCUUUGCCACAGCAACUCAAAAAAAAAAUUGGGGUUUCUCCUCGCCGAUCAGAUAGCGGUAUAAGUGUGCGAACCUUUAACAGCACUCAAGAAGAUUCAAUUUUUGACGAAAAAGUAGAAAAUAAUUUUACAUCUCUAGAAGAUCAUAACUACGAAUCCAUUAGUUCUUAUCUACGGAAUGAGAUAUCUCAAGUUUCAAAAACUUCUGAAAACCACAAAAAUAACGCACUUGAAUACUUAACACAAGAUGGUACUGUAGAUAACACUUCGUUAUUUCACAUGUCCAAUAAAGAGCGUAGCUUAUUUUUUAAAGCACCUUUAAAUGAAUCAUUUUUUUACUCUCGUAGUUCAAGCAAAACCGAAAGCAGCAAUCGAAACUAUACGCAAAUUGCUCAAAAACAGGACACGUUUUUUAUUCGCACGGAAGCUACACAAUCGUUUUAUGACGAUGUCAAGAAAGAAGAUAGUUAUUUGGAUAAUGGAUAGUGAUUGUUUAUCAUCGCCUAAUCUUGAAUCGAUUAAUUUUUUAUUUUAAGUUAUUAAAAGACGGUGAAUAAAAAGAAAAAAAGCUAGAUGUUUAUAAUUUUUAGAAUAAACUAAUAUUCAUAAUUUACAGAAUAAACUAAAGUUAACUAUAACUUACAGAA